AUGGCUGCAUCAGCCCCCAUAGACCGCAUCCCACCCACAACAACAGCCUACGUUAUCGCAACUGCCAUUCUCGCUGGCGUGACAGGCUACUUUAUCGGCCAAGGUUCCUCGCUGAAUCUCUUCAAAGAGAAGCAAGGCUGGCCGAACGGAUACGACGUCAAGGUCCACCGGGACUCGUCAGACGAGGAAGACGAAGCGGAAGACGAAGCCGAGUCCGACGACGACAGUGAAGACGGCAAUGGCGAGGAGCUAGCUCAGUUCAAGGACAACGUCGAGGAAGUGAAGCUGGUGUUGGUAGUGAGGACGGACCUGGGUAUGACCAAGGGCAAAAUCGCCGCUCAAGCUUCCCAUGCGACACUCGCCUGCUACAAAUAUUUCCUCACUCAUGCACCCGACAGCCAGAUCCUGCGCCAAUGGGAGCGCGGUGGCCAGGCGAAGAUCGCGCUGCAGAUUAAGGGCGAAGAUGAGCUGUUGACUCUUCAGGCGCAAGCUAUGAGCUUGGGUCUUUGUGCGCGUGUUAUUCAGGAUGCGGGCCGGACACAGAUUGCUAGUGGGAGUCGGACGGUUUUGGGAGUUUUGGGACCCAAGAGCAUUGUUGACGGUGUAACGGGGCAUUUGAAGUUGCUGUAA